AUGGACACAGCUGCUAGUGACACCGAUGAUCCCCAACUUCACCAACUCACGUACAAGCGCGCCCAGUUUGUCACCUGCCCAGCAUGUCGCCAUGGCGGCACCACCGUUCUAGCAAAGGAACGCCUCUCCGGAUGGCGGUAUGUAGUAGGCACUGGCGUCACCCUCGUCUUCGCGCCCCUCACCAUGGGGAUCAUGCUAUACUUCCUGCCGCUAGUAUUCAGACCUCAGUUCGUCACCCACUCCUGUCGUCGCUGCGGCCUACGCCUCGCCAUCGCUACAGCCGGCCUAGGCGAGUCUCAGUAUACUAUACCUAUGGACGUCGAGGACCAUUGUUUUGUCCCGGCGCCGGAAGACUGGCGACCUGACCUUGCCCGGCUACCUGGUGGUAUACGCGUCGCCAAGUCGCCGUUAGGACCGCGCCCUGAGAUACCCGAGCCAGAAAUGAAAGUCUGCAGUAAGCGCUUCAUUAGGUGCCAUCCGCACGCGAGGCUUGUACUUCUGGCCGGCAACACGGCGGGCAAACCCAUUCGUUGUAUACGAGCGGGUGGCAACGACGCCAGCAGCCGCCGGGCUCAUCAGCUGUCUUCAAGCAUCAGCCAUCGCGAUACAGAGGAGGUGCUCUAUGAAAUUCACAUUUCGAACGCCCGUAUCACGGUUAUGAUGCGACCGCCGCCGGAGGACGCCGUCACGGAGGAGUGGCCAUUAUACUCCUCCGUCAUGUACCUUCCGCCCCAAUCAACCUCCGGCAGUGAGACCGCCCAUAUCAACAACGUCCCGCCCCACCAGCGUACACAGUUCUCAGCCGCCAUGCCCAUUUGGCGGUGGCAGUCGUCCCAGGGUGGCCUUCUCUGGGUAUCUCGCCGCUUUCGAGACGCCGAUAUGGCGGCGCUCGAGACGAGACUCUGCCUCGUCGACGAUUAUGGCCGGCUCGUGGCGGUCUUGGAUAACUGGAACGGGGUGCGCUUUUCGUCGGUGGAGGCUCACCAGUCUGGCGGCACCGGUGGCGACUCGGGUCGCCGGAGUGUCCUAACCCUAUAUGCGGAUCUUGACGCGGCCCUGCUGGGAGAAGUGUUGGGGAGCCUGUGUGCUCUAGCCUUACAGGUUUGGCGUGUCACGGCCGAGCUCAAGAAGGAGAAGGAUGAGAGAAGGCAGGAUAAUGCUUGA